UCAACAGAUGGAAAGCUUUUGAAUUAUGGUUUGCGCGGGGAUGUCGAAUUUCAAGAUGUAUUCUUUCGUUAUCCUUCACGUCUUGAUGUUAUAGUACAUCGCGGUUUGAAUAUAAAAAUUAAAUCAGGGCAGACAGUUGCUUUAGUUGGACAUUCAGGCUGUGGCAAAUCAACUUGUGUGCAACUGUUGCAACGAUUUUAUGAUCCUGUUUUUGGAGCAGUACUGCUAGACGAUUUAGAUAUCAGAAAGUACAAUAUACAAUGGUUGCGUUCGAAUAUAGCAGUUGUAGGUCAGGAGCCAGUACUUUUUCAAGGAUCUAUUGGAGAAAAUAUUAGUUACGGCAGACCUGAAGCUACACAAAAGGAAAUCGAAGCUGCAGCAAAAUCUGCUGGUGUACAUGACUUCAUCAUUAAUUUACCUGAGAGUUAUCAAACUGUUAUAGGUGAACGUGGUUCUCAGCUAUCUGGAGGACAGAAACAACGCAUAGCAAUUGCGCGAGCACUUAUACAAAAUCCUAAAAUUCUUUUACUGGAUGAAGCAACCUCCGCCUUAGACUACCAGUCGGAAAAGUUAGUACAAGAAGCAUUAGACUUAGCAAGCAAGGGGCGUACUACUAUUGUAGUAUCGCAUAGACUUUCUGCUGUGCGUAGUGCAGAUAAAAUUGUGUUUUUACAUGAUGGUAAAGUGGCUGAAGAAGGCUCCCACGAUGACCUAAUGAAACUGGAGGGCAUGUACUACAAUAUGGUUAAAGCUGGUGACAUGAAAAUACCGGAACCAGAGGAACCCAAAGACGUUGACAUUGAUGAUGAAAAAAGGAAGAGCCUUGCACUCUACGAAAAGUCCUUUGAAACCAACCCAGUCAAUUUUGAACAAAAACAAAAAAAUAGUGUACAAUUUGAGGAACCCAAUUUCGUGCUACCUAAGAAUAUGAAAGCAUUGACAGAACAAAAAGAAAAAGAACCUGAACCUAAUUUUUUUGUGACAUUCGCUCGCAUUCUUAAAAUAGCACGACCGGAAUGGUGUUUCUUGGUUUUGGGUGCAAUAUGUGCUAUUGGAUUUGGCUUCACUUAUCCAGCUUUUGCUAUUGUUUUUGGUGAAUUCUAUUCUGCACUGGCGGAGCCUGAAAAACAAGACGCUUUGGAUCGCACCGCUGUUCUUUCUUUGUGUUGUCUUGGCCUUGGCAUACUAACAGGCGUAGCUUCGUUUCUACAGACGUAUCUGUUCAACUAUGCAGGCGUUUGGUUGACUACCAGAAUACGUUCUAUGUCAUUUAAGUCAAUUAUGAUACAAGAGAUCGGUUGGUUUGAUGAAGAAAAGAACUCAGUUGGUGCAUUGUCAGCACGAUUGUCUGGUGAUGCAGCUGGUGUACAAGGUGCUAUUGGAUACCCAUUAAGUGGCUUAUUACAAGCAUGUUCAAACUUUAUUGUUGGUAUAUCAAUUUCAUUUUACUACUCAUGGAAAUUGGCUCUAUUAUGUUUGAGUACAUGUCCGAUUAUUGUGGGUUCCGUUAUCUUUGAAGUGAAAUUUAUGACAAACUGUAUGGUGCGUGAAAAAACUGUACUGGAAGAAGCUUGUCGUAUUGCUACAGAAGCUAUUGCUAAUGUCCGCACUAUUGCCGGCUUACGCAGAGAGCAGCCAGUGAUAGACAAAUAUAAUGAAGAGGUGCAUAAAGUGGAGGGUCUUAUACGACAAAAACUCAAAUACCGUGGUAUUAUCAAUGCAACUGGACAAGCAUUCCUAUUCUUCGCUUACGCAGUCGCACUAUGUUAUGGUGGUGUAUUGGUUUCAGAAGGAAAACUACCUUUCCAGGAUAUUAUUAAAGUAUCAGAAACACUCUUAUAUGGGUCAAUGAUGUUAGCACAAUCGUUGGCAUUUGCACCUGCUUUCACAGCAGCUCUAGUAGCCGGACAUCGUAUAUUCCUACUCAUAGAUCGCAAGCCAAAAAUAAGAUCUCCUGAAACCCUUCCUAAAAACACGCUUGCCAAGCAAUUAAAUCUCUUCGAAGGUGUACGUUAUCGAGAUGUAGAGUUCCGUUAUCCAACUCGUCAAGAUGUAAAAAUACUGAAUGGCAUCAAUCUAGAAGUUAUACAAGGACAAACUGUGGCUUUGGUUGGACAUUCCGGUUGCGGCAAAUCAACCUGUAUACAGUUACUACAGCGUUACUAUGAUCCCGAUGCUGGUUCUAUUCAUAUUAACUACGAUGAAAUCCAAGCAGAUUUAACUCUAGAAAACUUACGCAGUAAACUGGGCAUAGUAUCUCAAGAACCUUCACUCUUCGAACGCACUAUAGCCGAGAAUAUAGCUUAUGGUGAUAACACACGAGAUAUACCAAUGGCAGAUAUAAUUGCUGCUGCAAAGUGUGCGAAUGCACAUUCAUUCAUUAUUUCACUACCGAAUGGUUACGAUACCAAAAUGGGUGCACGUGGUACACAACUUUCUGGUGGACAAAAACAACGUAUUGCCAUUGCACGUGCUUUAGUUCGUAAUCCGAAAGUACUACUUCUCGAUGAAGCCACAUCUGCACUAGAUUUACAGAGUGAACAAAUUGUCCAACAAGCCUUAGAUGCUGCUUGUUCUGGCCGUACUUGUAUUGUGAUUGCUCAUCGUCUCUCUACUGUACAAAAUGCGGAUCUUAUUUGCGUAUUGCACAAUGGACGAGUUGCCGAACAAGGCAACCAUCAUCAACUACUGGCCAAAGAUGGUAUUUACGCCAAAUUGCACAAGACUCAGAAGGAUCAUUAGACAUCACAUUAGUCAUAAACUUUAUCUCAAUAGAAAGUAUCAUUUAGUUGUAAACAUUUCUAAGCUGAGACAAUACUUCAAUUUAGUACAUUGAUAUUAUUUUUAUUACA